AUGUCCAAAAUUGAUUGGGAAUAGAAACUCAAAUGUUAUCACGCUUUAAAAGAUAAAAAAUCGAUUACGAACAUGCUUUAAAUUAAAACAAAAAAUAUUAGAUUAUCACCAUCAUUGGUAUCAACAACAAGAGCAGGAACUGAACGAAAUUCUUUUCGACAUAAGAGAUUAAAGACUCCAAUGGAAGAUGGAAUAUUGUAAAUCAAAACUAGUAGAUCGUAAUAAGAGGUAUCUCCAUUAAGGGACGUUUGUCCUUGGAACACUCAGACACCAUUACAGAAACUCAUGAAGAUUGAUAAAGCCACAGAGAAGGAAAAAAAGGUUUUACAGUAAUUUAUAUGCAAUAAAUGGCUAAAAGAAGUCAUUUUAAAGAAAAGCAUUCAUGUGGCUAUUCCAAAAGAAUCCGAAGAGGAGAAGAGAAUUAGACUAUAAGAAUUUGAGACCUCUGAACAUCAUCGAUAGUUAAGAAUAUAGCAAUCAUUAACACCAAGCAUGAACAAAAUGGAGAAGGUGUUCUGCAAAAUAAAAAUCUUUUGUAAGUUAGCAAGUUAGCGUGGGAUACCUCUAAGUGAUUAGAUAAGAAUUAAUAAUGAUUACCGUCGUCUAGUGUUUUUUGUGCAUUUUCGAAAUGAAGAUUACAAAAUAUGUGAUCAGAUGAUCAAUUCGGAUCCUCAUAUAAAAAAUGCAAUCGAUAUGUAAGGUGAUAGGCCUUUACAUAUUGCAGUGAGGAGAAAUAAUCUGAGAUAACUCACAUAUAUAUUGAGUAAGUAGCCUGAUUUAGAAGCGAUCAAUUUUUAUGAAUAGACAGCACUUAAUUUGGCGAUAUUGUUGAAACAUUUUGAAAUCCAGAAGGUAUUCUUGUGA